GGCCCGCUCACCUUUGUCUCAACAGCCCAAAGUGCCACGACCGUCAUCAUGCAGGCGAUGCCAACUGAUGAACUUUCACUCUAAAGUUUGCAUCUGCCAUACAAUGAGCUCUCAUCGCGUUCCGAUCACGACGUUGCUUCACAUGCCAAACGAGGCAGUGCUAUGCAGACUCCCUCAUGGUGCAGUAUAUGUCUUCAGGAAUAAGGCACGUCGCGUUAAGCCAACCUUGUCAACAUAUAAGGCGGGGCUCAAGGUAUCGAGGACGCGGUCACUUACUCUCGCUUUGAUCCCACUGAGUCGCUGGUAUCAACCCCAUCGGACGCUUAACAGCUUCGCAGUCACUGGAUGGUCUUCAUACAGCCAUAUUAGACCCAUCUAUGAUGGUCACUGUCAUCUCUCAAAGUAGCGAUCCCUUUUAUGAGCACCAUUGUCCUGCUUCUCUUAAAGCUACUCAUCGAUGCACAUUUCCCGACGCGAGCCUCAGUCCUCAGCAUCUCUUUGUGCUGUCCUUUGUUCUUAUGUGAAUAAUGAGCUUUGCUGCAAUCCCGAGAUUCCUCUAGCUUCCUGGUCGUCGUUGUAUAGCAUAUUUCAAAGCGAUACAAGCGAAGGAGUGAAUCCCACCUCCGCCGCAUUGUCGCUUGCCUCUUCCGUGUCUGCUCACUGGUCUUUGACUUCAUUCCCAUCUUAUACGCCUGCAUCCACCAGUACCUCUUCACAAAAUACGACAGCGGCGCCUCACAUGUCAUCGGGCGGCGGGUCUCCUAUGGUCUCCUCAACGUCUAACUCUGCAACCAAGUCAGGUACAAUCUCAACGCAAAGUCAGACCUCGUCGACCGUCUCGAGCGGCACCGGUUCGUGCUCUGCUGUAGCAACAUCCGAUACAAACAGUCAUCCGCACCCGUCAAAGAAUCUCAGCAACAAAUCCUCUGCGUCACAGGGAGCCACAUCCUCCUCCAUACAACCUACAGUGAGCGGUGGUGGCAGUCAUACUCUGUCAAGCUCUAGGGGAACGGAGGAGUUCGUGAUUAUUGGUGUCGUCGUUGGGGUCUUUGCCCUUCUGCUGGUAAUUGUCCUAGGGAUUCUUCUGUACCGCCGCCAUCGCCGCCGCCAGCUCAGUGCCAGGCAACUUCGUUCUUCCUAUUCAAGUCAGGCACAUGCUUCCAUUGCCUCCUUCGCAUCCCCUGCUGCAAGCGCAGCUCCUAUUUAUUACAGCGCGGCGGGGAGCAGCCGAAAUGGGUCCAACAGGGCCGCGUCGACCUACAGCAUGCUCGCGCAAGCGUUCAGCAUUCACUCUGAGAUCCGUGGAAGCACGCUCUCACGUGAGGACACCGUGAGCAGACUGUCGGACAGGUCUGGCGAGGUGCAGGGAGUAUUGGCGAUGUAGACUGCGUCCAUGACGAUUAUGUACGAUGGGUUUCUGAGGACUUGAUGCGAUCGAUCGGAUUUUUCUUGCAUGGACAACUGCUUGUGCGGACGCUCCUUUGUUGGCUGUCCUCCUUCACGUUCUCGUCUGUAGCUUGUGCGACGGCUGUUUCCUUGGAUUUGCCAUCCGUAAUACCCGCAUAGCUUGCAGCGGCUGCGCCUCUUGAUGACAUAUUCGCGCACACAAUGCUUUGAAACGACACAUGGUAGUUUCUCAGCCCAUCUUGAAAACGAGCUUUCAAAUAUGGCAUGGCAAUGGACGUGGGGAUCUGCUCGUCAUAAUGAUAACUGCGACUAGGCAGGCUGCACUGCAUGCUUUCGUUGGAGAUCCAACCACGUGCUGAAUACGCAGUGC